AGUGAACAUAUCCUGUCCGUUUAAUGCUACUAUUUGAGAAAUGGAUAUGCUCUUUCAUUUUAAAACUGAUCAUGUUUCUGACUUUACUUCAAGUGUCUGCAUUUUGUUCUUAAAUAUAAUGUUUCUCGUGUCUGUAACUUAACUUACUUUUCUUUGGUCGGAUUCGGAUAUUUGUCCAACAUAACAAGAUGGCCGCUGCCAUUAGGAAUCGUGCAAACAUGAUGUGGCGCUUAGGCUGGAACGCGGUUACCAAGGCUCGGCCAGCUCCUCCCAAAGCGAACAUAUCGACACUGUGUCAAAUAUUCUCAAACAAUCUGAAGAUAUCACAGUGUAGGUCAUUCAGCGCCAGUCCACUCAUCUCAAACAGAAUUCUAAAGAUGAAAACAGAGCCUAAGAUUCAGAAUACACGAUGUCUUCUACAACCAUCAAGUCCAACUUUAGUUGCAAAAAGAAACAAGGUCUAUUACAGCAAGAGAAAAGGCAAACCAAAGACAAUCAAGGCAGUUACAAAUAGAUUUUAUAGAUUGGACUGGGGUAUCUGGAUCCGUACACAGUCAGGGAGACAUAAGAGGAUAUGGAAAAAGUCCCAUUCUAGGAUAUCUCUCCGACAACAUUUGUUUUGUAACAGACAACAGAGUAGACUUUUAGAUAAGAUGACCACAGAGUACUGGCACCGACCACGAUAUUACGUGGACGAUCCCUAUGCACCCUAUCAGAAGAGGACCAAUUUGCAACAGUACUUUCCUGAAAAAACGUCCUUUCUAUCCUUAGGUAGAGAAUAAAGAUGAAUUCGCUAAAGGUGUGCUGUGAGAGUCUUACAACAAACACAAGAAAGUGAUAUUUGAUUCAGAUGUUGUAACAGACUUUUGUGUGAUUAAAAUCUGAAUUUCUGUU